UACAUUUCCCAUAGUCCUUCGCAAAGGGGCGGGGUGAUGCUUGCAAGAGUUGCCGGGAAGUUUGGGGCAAAAUGAGGUUGUAAAUAAUGCGCCGUAAAGAGGUGACAUUGUGCUAACUGCUUUCUUGGGCCCGACUUCUCUACUUCCGACCUCAUCAUGUCCUCAGAAAACACCCUGGAUGAUGAGGAUACCUUUAAGAUCCUCAUUGCUACAGAUGUUCACCUGGGUUACCUAGAGAAAAAUGCCAUUCGGGGCAAUGAUACCUACCAGACAUUUGAGGAAAUCCUUCAGUGUGCAAAAGACAAAAAAGUUGAUUUCAUCCUUCUGGGCGGAGAUUUGUUUCAUGACAACAAGCCGUCACGCCGAAGCCUCCACAUCUGCACCACGCUGCUGAGAAAAUACUGCAUGGGAGAUUCUCCUGUGACCUUUAAUAUUCUCAGUGACCAAACCACCAACUUUAACACCACCCAGUUUCCCUGGGUGAACUAUCAGGACGAAAACCUCAACAUAUCCAUCCCUGUCUUCAGCAUUCACGGCAAUCAUGAUGACCCAACUGGGGCUGAAGGUCUGUGUGCUCUUGAUCUGCUCAGUGCAGCUGGCCUCGUGAACCAUUUUGGUCACUCAAACUCAGUGGAGAGGAUAGAAAUCAGUCCCAUCCUGAUGCAGAAAGGCAACACCAAACUGGCGUUAUUUGGUCUUGGUUCAAUUCCAGAUGAGCGAUUGUACAGGAUGUUUGUCAACAAGCAGGUUUCCAUGCUUCGCCCCAAAGAAGACCAAGAUGACUGGUUUAAUCUUUUUACAAUCCACCAGAACAGGAGCAAGCAUGGUCCCACAAAUUACAUUCCUGAGCAAUUCUUGGAUGACUUUCUUGACCUGGUUGUGUGGGGUCACGAGCACGAAUGCCUGAUAACACCAACCAGAAAUGAACAACAGCACUUCUAUGUGACUCAGCCUGGAAGCUCGGUGGCCACCUCCCUGUCCCCUGGAGAGGCCACCAAAAAACACAUAGGCCUGCUGAGAGUGAAGGGUCGUAAGAUGAACCUGCAGAAGAUCCCCUUAAAAACUGUGCGUCAGUUCAUCACUCAGGAUGUGGUAUUGGCUGACUAUGAGGACCUCUUCACUCCUGACACACACCAGGUUACAAAGAAGGUGGAGGAUUUGUGCUACGCAAAGGUCACGGAGAUGAUAGAAGAAGCUGAGAGGGAGAGACUUGGGUGUCCACUCACACCAGAGAAACCUUUAAUCCGUCUUAGAGUGGACUACAGUGGGGGUUUUGAGGCGUUCAGCACGUCUCGUUUCAGUCAAAAGUUUGUGGACUGCGUCGCAAAUCCCAAAGACAUUAUUCACUUUAUGAGACGGCGUGAGCAAAAGGUGGACUUCAAAGAUGAGGUGAAUGUAGAUUAUAGCAAACUUGUCAAGACAGUUGCAGUUGAAGGACUGAGGGUGGAGGACCUGGUUAAACAGUACUUUGAGGCAGCUGAGCAGAAGGUGCAGCUCUCCCUGCUGACUGAACAAGGCAUGGGAAAAGCCAUCCAGGAGUUUGUAGACAAAGAUGAGAAAGAUGCCAUCGAGGAGCUGAUCAGAUACCAGUUGGAGAAGACACAGCGCCAUCUUCAGGCCAGAGGCGUAACUACAGAGCAGGACAUCGACAUGGAGGUUCGGCAAUUUAGAGACUCCAAAAAGAAUACAACAGAAGAAGAAAACGAGAUCAGAGAAGCUAUGAACAGAGCCAAAGCUCACAGAAUAGAACGCGGGGAGAAUCCUGAAGAUCGCAACAUAUCAGAUGAACUUGGCGAUGUUGCUUUGGACUCUGAUGAAGGUUCAGAUCCAUUUCCGCCUCCCUCACGCGGCAGAGGCCGAGGAGGCCGAGCACGAGGUGGCAGAGGAAGGGGCAGGGGCUCAACUGCUUCUGAACCAAAACCUGCUGGUCGAGCCUGUUCCCGGAAAUCUGCAGCAGCAAGUCAAAGCAAGAACAUCAUGCAGGCAUUUCUAGCUCCAUCCCAGAAAUUUUUUAGUAAAGGGUCCACAUCUUCAGCAGCUGAAGAAAUAACCAUUGAUGACUCAGAUGAAGAUAUACCGGCAAGGAAAGUUACUAAGCCACCCUCAAGAUCUUCAUCUGCAUCCUUCUCCAAGUACAGCUCUCAAAGCCAGAGCCAGUCCUCUAGAGGAGUUGAUUUUGAAGACAGUGAUGACGAGGAGGACAACCCAUUUAAAGGCCCCAGCCAUCGGUCAAGAAGAUGAGACGGUUCAAAUGCUCCGUUUCAAAGAUAAAGAAAUUCUGUAAUCAAACUGCUGCAAUGCUGUUCUGAAGGACCUUAAAGCAUGCGUUCAUUAAGCUUUCUUAGUCCUCUGUUUUUUUAAAUCAGUUUGACUAUUUUCCAAAAUAAUUGAAUAAAAGUACACAUUGUGAAAAGAUCUGCAGUUAGUGGUUAAGGUGGAGAUUUGUGGGAAGUGUUAUGUGUCCUGAGACUUUCAUGUAUAUUAAAUGUUUGGGAUAUGCCUCUGAUAACAACAGAUACUGAUAUUUCUGGAAUUUCACGUCUUUGCUUGUACUUAAUUGAAGAUAAUAAAUGUUUUUGGGUUUUUUUUACUUCAUGACUAGCUACUGUUCAAUUUACAUGUUUAACUUCAA